AUGGAUCGCCACCCAGAAGACAACUCCGCUCCGCCGUACUCCGAAUUCCCCACCACACUCUCAAACGAAAUCCUCAGCAAACCUAUUGUCAUACCUCAACAAACCAGCAUUCUUCACAUCAAAAAUUUCUCCCCGUUCGCUCGCGCCUACUCUUCCUCCCUUCAAAAGCUACCCUCGCCCAUCCCCCGCGACACCUUCCUCUCCUUCAUCGACGGCCUCAACGCCGCCUUCCUCUCGGCCCCCGUCUUCCAAGCUGCGAACAUAAUCGGCGGCGGACUUAUGGGCAGUCAGAUCCCGCCGGCCCAGCUAGCCGGCGGCGUGGUGCAGAUCCUCUCCGUCAUAGGAUCUGCAGGGGUGUCGAUUGUGAGGGUCAAGAGGUACCUGAAGAAGUCGACCGAGGAGAUCUUCAAGCCGCGGGGGCUGUGCUUGCGGAUUAUGGGCACGAAGAAGAUGAUGGGUGCUGUUGGGUGUGAGAACGUGGAUGCCAAAGGAAAGCUUGCGUUGCCUGCCCCUGAGGUUCUGGGGGAUCUCACGCCGCCACCCGCUGCUCUCCCGCCAUACCAGGGGGGAGGAGACUCGGACCCUGGGGAUCGGAAGGAAGAGGUGCAGGUUGAGGAUCCGCGGGUGAGGAGAUUGAAGGCAUUGGAGGGGUUCAUUGCUCCCCUGGAGUUUGAGAAGGAGGCUGCACCGACGAGGGCCCGAUGGAUAAAUAUGGCGGAUGCGAAAUUGCUGAAGGCUGCGACGAAGUCUGCGGAACACAGGCGAAAGAAUACCGAUGUUGUGGAAGAGGAGUUCCUGAAUUGCGAGACGGAGAUUCGGGGGAUUGAGGAAAGAAUGGCAGAGAUUAGAGUGAGUGCAAAGCAGGAGUUGGAGGGGGAGACUAGGCAGGAGGGGCGGGAUGAGGUUGAGGCGAGGGUGGAGAGUGAGCUUGCUGAGUUGGAAGGGAGAAGGACUGAAUUAGAGAUGGGCAGGGAUGAGAGGGUGAGAGAAGUGUAUAAGAAGGGGGAUAAGAAGCUGAAUAAGUUGGCGAAGAAGGAGGAGAAGAUUGCAAAUAGGAUUUUGUGGGUCGUGAUCACAAGAAUGGAUGGAGAUGCAGGUGACGACCUUGUUGAUGUGGAGAGUCUGGGGAGUUAGACGAUCGGUGGUGAUUUUAUCAUUUAUGGUUUUGUUUGUCAUUGCUCCUUCAUGAUGUGGUGAAUGAAUUCAUAUCAGGUCAAAGGCGCAGCAAAUACAGAUGGAGGCAGCCUUGUUGCGCUUAGCUAGCUCAAGGAUAUCUAAUAUCGAAAGUAAAG